ACAUGUGUAUGGUUUUGCAGUGAAAGUCUUAAGUGUCUAUACUCUUUCGAAAAGGCACUAUCGAUUUGGCAAGAAAACUCAAUUCUGUUUUCAUUGUGAAUGAUAUGACACAGUGAAGACAUUGGACGUGUGCGAACCUGGGAAUAUAUGUAAAAAUCGAUGGUUAUACGUCGUGCUUCACGAUAGCGAGUACAAGCAAGGAUCGGUAGUGCAGCGAGCGAUCGAGGUGUUAAAAAUGCUGUGUCGCUGGCUCGCCGUGCUGGUACUCGCUGGUAUUCUCCUGGUUAUCGAGGCGAUCGCAGUCAACCAAGGUACGUUCACUCGCGAUCAGAGAGUUUUGAGCGGUAGUCUUGUUCAGGGGAGUCGCAAUGUCAGCGGCGUGCCGGCGUUCGAAACAAAUGUUCCACGGAAUGUCACUACCGCAGUCGGUCAGACCGCCUUUCUUCACUGCAGAGUUCAUCAGCUGGGCGACAAGGAGAGCCUAAAUAUUAGGAGGAAAAAAAGAAUUUUGCAAUAUUUCCGUCGUGUCAAAGGUAGAAAGGAGGCCGCUGUUGCGGUUACGGUUGCUUCAUCGUUUUUCAAAAUCCUCAAUCCCGACAUACCUCCAUGUCAAGGCUAUAUAGAUCCUAGUAGAGCUGCUGGGUUAACAUCACCGCAAGGCUGGCCUGUGGUUUCUGGUUAG